AUGCUCGGCUACGCUGACAACGAGAUGAAGAAUCAGAAGAAGACGACGACGACGACGACAACGACAACGACGAAGAAGAAGAAGACGUGGUUGCACAAUCUCUACGUUGUCUACGGUCUCCGGCCGCUACAUACUCUUUCCAUAGCUACCUGGCAAAUAACCAUCUCAUCGAUAGCCGCAUCACUCUCUUUGUUUCCUCGUUAUCAGAUGUGGAAGAUAAUGCCAGAAAGUGAAGGAGAAGUGUAUGCGACCUCUCUCUCUCAUUUGUAA